AUGAAUUUAUGUCCGGACUUGUGGCAAGCCCAAGCUGGGUUCGUCUGGGGUACGUACUCAGCAGUUGCAGCUGGUGUUCUCACAUUCGUCGUUCUCCUAUGGCUUCGCCAAAAGUUUGGCAAGAAGCAAACCUUGCCACCAGGACCCAGGGGUCUGCCUCUCCUCGGAUACUUACCGUUCCUCGAGAAGAAUCUCCACGUGAAACUGCGAGACCUUUCGCGGGAGUACGGGCCUGUCUUUGGGUUGAAGGUUGGAGCUGCGAACAUCGUUGUACUGAACGACUUCGAGUCCAUCAAGGAGGGUCUCUGCAAGAAAGAGCUCCUGUCCAGACUUCAAAACGUGGCACGGCACGCCGGGGUCGAUGGGAUGACGACGCUGAACGGCAAGCGAUGGUCGGACAACCGAAAAUUCGCCCUCCACAUGCUGCGUGACGCCGGUCUGGGAAAGAAGGCUGCUGAGGAACACGUCAUGGAAGAAAGCCGGCAGCUGCUGGAGCGGAUCUCCGAUACCGGAGGCGCCGCCCUGAACGUGCAGGAGUACGUGCUGCCCAGCAUGUCCAACAACGUGGCGGCGCUGGUGUUCGGCAGUGGUCUCCCCUACGACGACCCGAGGCGCAAGCGUCUGGACUACGUGCUCAGCGAGGCCGUGGCUGCCUUGGCCGCGGGCUCCUUCGUUACCGUGCUCCCGGCCCUGCUGGACAGGAUGGCCGGGAGAUUGCCCUUCACGCGCCUUGGGACGAUCCGAAGGACACUGCGACAGCUGCUGGACUUCAUCAGCACGCAGGUCGAGGAACACCUAGCAAGCGGAGAUGAACAGAAAGAUCGAGACUUUAUCAAUGGGUACCUCGAGAAGAUUAAGGAACAUCAGGAUGAACCCAAUUCCAGUUUUAACAUGGAGCACCUGAUCGGAACCGUGCUGAACUUCUUCGGUGCCGGUUCGAACACGGUUGCCCUGAGCGUCCACUGGCACAUGUUGAACUGCGCCAUGAACGCGGACACAGUGCAGUCCCGGAUCCAGAAGGAGAUCGACGACGUGGUCGGUUCCGAGAGGCGGCCCAGCUGGGCGGACCGGACACGGAUGCCCUUCACAAUGGCCACCAUCUGGGAGAUGUACCGCUGGAGGACCAUCAGCCCUUUGGGCAUCCCACGGGGGGCCACAGAAGACACUCACAUCCGGGGCUUUUCGGUUCCCAAGGGAACAGUGGUCAUUGCCAACCUGUGGGCAGUCCACAUGGACCCCAAACUUUGGACGAAACCCGAUGAAUUUGAUCCGACGCGGUUCAUGGACGAAGAAGGUUGGGGCAUCCUCGCCAAGCCUGAAUACCUCAUCCCUUUUUCUAUCGGUAAACGCAUGUGCCCCGGAGAAACUCUGGCCACCGUCGAGAUCUUUGUGUACCUGACGAGCUUGCUGCAGAAAUUCAGGGUCCUUCCCGAAGAGGGCCACAACGUUUGCCUGGACACCGAGACGACGUCCUUCAACAUCCCCAGACCUCAGAAACUGCGAUUUCUUACCCGACAUUAAUUAGGAAAGGGGGAAAAAAUGUGAUGGGUAACUAACUAAGCUUGUUGGUGAUCGU